UGCAGCCUGUAUGAUCAGAUAUUCAAGCCCGGCAAGUUAGUAGCAAACGCUGAUUUCCAUUUGUUCAAGGCUGGAGUUGAACCUAAAUGGGAGGAUCCUGAGUGUGCACAUGGAGGCAAGUGGACUGUUUCUGCUAGCAGAAAGACGAAUCUUGAGGCAAUGUGGCUUGAAACUUUGAUGGCUCUAACUGGGGAGCAGUUCGAUGAAGCUGAGAUAUGUGGUGUGGUUGCUAGUGCGCUCAAGGGAGACAAACUUUCACUGUGGACAAGAAAUGCUGCGAAUGAGGCUGUGCAGGCCAUAGGCAAAUAUCUAGGCUUUUGUCUUCUACUUGUUGUUCGACAAGUUCAUGCUUUUCAUUAUACUUUGUUGCCUGUGCUUACCGUGCAAUGUUCUUAUGCUGGACAUGAGGUUUUCGUGUUUGGACUUUGGGCACAGGGACAUCAGAUUGGUGGAUUUGAAAGUGUAUUCUGUAGAAUUUGGAUGGGUAGACUUUGUUGUCCAUUACUAUAUGAUUUUUGA